CAGGCCAGCAGACUGGCUGAAAGACACUGAAAAAGUAGCGGGCAGAUACUCAGAUAGGAGGACAGAGGGAGAAAUACAACCUCUCGUAGAGCGGUGGCCAGAGUGACAGAAGCACAUGAGGAGCAGAAAAGGUGUGACAGCAACAUCCUGACCGGUAACCUUGCUUCUGCACCACACCACACGCCCAGCGAAUCAAGAGGCGGGUGUCAGAAGGAAGGAAAAGUGCAACCACUCCUCCUGCAGGCAUGAGGUCCUUCCGCUCCUUUAGUAACGAUGACCGCCACGUCAUGGCGAAACACUCCACCAUCUACCCCUCUUCUCACGACCUGGAGGCCGUUCAGACGCUGGUGUCCAAUGUCGAGGGCGCACUCAAACACGUUUCUGAUUGGCUGGAUAAAAGCAGUGGCGAUGUCCACACCCAGGUCGACAGCAAACCAGCAGAUAGCACAGAGGAGGAUGAUCCCGGAGAUGAGCCCAGCGAUGAAACGGAGGAAUGCAGUGACAGCUACAGGGAGCCCAGCAGUGGUGGAGUGCUGUGUGGAGUGAUGAGAAUCGGCUUGGUGGCCAAAGGCCUCCUGAUCAAAGGCGACAUGGACCUGGAGCUGGUGCUGAUGUGCAGAGACAAACCCACACAGACACUGCUGGACACUGUCUGUCACAAUUUACCCACACAGAUUGAGAAGCUGACGGAAGAGAAAUAUGAGGUCACAAGCUCCUUGCCCGAGGCGGCCAUCUUGGUACGAACUACAACAGAGCCCCAACUCACACUGAAGAUUACCCUCACCUCACCGGCCAUGAGGGAAGAUGAGGAAGAAGAAGAGGAGGAGGAGGAGGAAGAGGAGGAGGAGGAGGAAGAGGUGGUCGAUGGGGAGGAAGGAGAGGAGGACAAGGAGGAGGAAGUGGAGGAGCAGGAGGAGGAAGUGGAGGAAGACGAGGAGGAACAGGAGAAGAAGAAUGGGCAAGUGUUGGGUGCUGCUGCGCAGAGAGUGGAGGCUGAGGAGGAGGAGGGGGAGGUGCUGGAUAGACACAGAUGUCUGUUGGCCCUGGCAGCGCUGCGACACGCCAAGUGGUUCCAGGCUCGAGUGAAUGGGCUCAAGUCCUGCGUGAUCAUUCUCAGGAUACUUAGAGACAUGUGCAAUAGACAUCCCAUCUGGGAGCCUCUUAAGGGAUGGCCCUUAGAGCUUAUCUGUGAGAAGGCCAUCGCCACCUGUAACAGACCUCUUGGGGCAGGAGAAGCCCUGCGUCGAGUCAUGGAGUGUUUAGCCUCAGGCAUACUGCUACCAGGUGGUCCAGGUUUACACGACCCAUGUGAGAAAGAGCCAACAAACACACUAGCCAACAUGACCGACCAGCAGGCUGAGGCCAUUACCUACGGCGCACAGCAUGCUCUCAGACUCAUGGCGUUUGGACAGAUCUACAAGGUGUUGGAGAUGGAACCUCUUCCCUCAAAUAAACCGUCGCAGAAAUAUCCUUGGUCUGAUAAAGAAGGCUUAGGUCUGAAGAGGCCAUAUGAGGAUGGAGCAAUGGAUGACAAGGACCUCAUCAAGAAGAUGAAGAGGAAUCUGAGAAAAGUCCUGGACAGUAAAGCCAUAGACUCCAACCAGCCAAUGAAUGCCCUGAUGCGGUUGAACCAGAUCCGGCCGGGGCUGCAGUACCGCCUGCUGUCCCAGUCGGGCCCAGUUCACGCUCCGGUCUUCACCAUGUCUGUGGACUUAGAUGGAACCAUUUACGAAGCAUCUGGAUCCUCCAAGAAGACUGCCAAGCUCCAUGUCGCCGUCAAGGUGCUCCAGGCAAUGGGCUACCCGACAGGUUUCGACUCAGACCUUGACCCCAUGAGUUCAGAUGAGAAGUCGGAUGGCGAGGGGAAGAGUGAGACGUCCACGCACACUAGCAAUAAUCCAACACACUCUUCGGACAGCUCCAACACACUGGAGGUACGAACUCAGGGUCCCAUACUGACGGCAAGUGGGAAGAACCCCGUCAUGGAGCUGAACGAGAAGAGACGAGGCCUCAAAUACGAGCUCAUCUCUGAAAGUGGAGGCAGCCACGACAAACGCUUUGUUAUGGAGGUGGAGGUCGAUGGGCAGAAGUUUCGUGGUGCAGGCCCGAACAAAAAGGUAGCAAAGGCCAGUGCUGCUCUAGCGGCUCUGGAAAAACUCUUCUCUGGUCCCAACGCAGCUGCAAACAAGAAAAAGAAGAUAUUGCCCCAGACUAAAGGAGCUUUGGCCGCAGCAGCAGCAGCCUCAGCAGUAGCAGCUCAGGUAGCCAGAGGAAGAGGAAGAGCAGCCCUUGCGAGAGGAGCCUUCGUCAGCGCUGCCGCACCAGGAUACGUUACGCCAGGCUUCGGGACGCCGUAUGGCUACAGCCCUGCUGCAGCAGCUGCUCCUGCAUACGGAGGUCUUUUCAUUGACAAUCCCUUCUACCAGCCGCGGACCAUCGCUCCUUUUAUCAUCCAUCUGGGUCCCCAGGAUCUCUUCUCUGACUUCUAGAGGCAGCAGAUUUGUCAGAUAUGCUCUCACCCGCCUGUAUACGCAGGACACCUGGCUGCUCACUUGCCCACCUGUUUUUUCUGUCUGUGUAAGCAGGCUGCCUUUCUAUCCCAGCUGACGGACUCACAGAU